AGUAAAUCGAACUUGAGCAGGUACAUAUGGACUUUCGAAACUCCGUGAUGCUAUGCUCAUGUCAUUCAGCACUCGAAAACAAAACAAAUCUCAAAAGCAAUGCCCGAUUCCUUACUGAAAUAGGCGACAGUGCUCAAGAAGUCUGGUUAGAGAAGGGUCAACAAUGAUGCGACGGCCGCCGACGGUGAACGUGAUUUUGACCGAGACCUUUGGAAUAUUGUAAUUGGUUUUGUCUCGGGAAACCAAGUGUGCUCUUGUAGACAAAAUCCUGUGAUAGUGAGUAAGGCUUAAUUUCCACUUAGCUCACGUCACAAUUGGCCGAUGGUGCCGCUGCCGAGCGAUGACAAGCGAAGCUGCGCCAUGACUAGCACCCACAAGUAAAGGCACUCUCGGCUCUAACAGUCAGAAAACAUAUGCUCACUACAACGACGCAAAAAAGGACAUCAGGCAGCUCCAUCAGUGUGCUGUCAUUUUUUCAUCCGGUAUUAUCCGCUAGGGCCAAGCCCUAUGGUGGACACCACCGACAACAUGGACCAGGUACGCGUUCUGCAUGUAUCUGUGUCCGUGAUGUGAUGUUUAUGCUAUACAAUGUCUUGGCUUGUGCGAGGACGAUAUGGCCAUCUUCAGGCUCUCGAUACGAUAAUGUGUGUUGUCGCCCUCUAUUCGUACUCUUUUCCUCGGAGAGCAUACACCACAUAUGUUGCCGCAACGCCACAGCCCCCGGUCCCGACGUACAAGGAAUAGUCUACGCACACGCUUUGAUUUGUCCAAGCCAAACAUUGAUAUUUCAGGAACAAGCCAGUGGCCGAGUCUUCGAAAUCGGAGGCAAUCCGGAACGGAUUUUAGAUUCAUCGAUAGUAAGCUCCGCCGCACACCAAGUGACGAGAAUACGCCCCACUGGACAAUACUUUGAACGUGGUGGGAGUAGAAACCAAGGUGAUUGCCAAUAUGGGAAAGAGCGAGUACAAGAUGACGGUAUGGAGGCGUAAAGCGUGUUGCUGUUGGGAAAAUUGGUCAGGCAUGAUGCAUGCUAUGCUGCGAUUUUCAGAUCCAAUCGCCUCUUUUUCUCGUAGCAUUGAGCGGCUGGUACCGAUAUCUAUCCCCCUCUGCCCAGGAAGCAAGGUCAUGAGUAUUAUGUAAUAUGAAAUAGUUUAUUUUUGUACAGGAUGCCAUAA